AUGAAGAGUCCCCUUCCAUUCCUGUGCUGGGUUAGAGCGGCGAGCUUGUUCUUGUGCUUGACGCAGACCGUCCUAGCCAAGGUUCUCACUAACUCCACGCGUCUCGAGUCGAUCCUGGAGAAGUACACGGACAAGGAUGAGGAGUGGUGGAGGGCAAAGCCGAGAGGAAAGAGGGCCAUCAGCGAGGGAGACAUGCACCUCAUUCUGGACCUGCACAACAAGCUGCGCGGUCAGGUCCACCCUCCUGCCUCCAACAUGGAGUACAUGGUAUGGGAUUAUGAGUUGGAGAGGAGCGCGGAGCACUGGGCACAUAGCUGCCGCUGGGAGCAUGGACCGAGCCACAUGUUGACUCAAAUAGGCCAAAACCUUGGAGCACACUGGGGCAGGGACCGUCCCCCUACCUUCCAUGUCCAGGCCUGGUAUGAUGAGGUGAGAUACUACAGCUAUCCCUAUUCUCAGGAGUGUAACCCACACUGCCCAUUCAGAUGUUCAGGACCUGUCUGCACUCACUACACUCAGUUGGUGUGGGCAACUAGCAAUCGCAUUGGCUGUGCCAUCAAUGUGUGCUACAACAUGAACGUGUGGGGAAUGAUCUGGGCUAAAGCUGUUUAUCUGGUCUGCAACUACUCUCCCCCGGGUAACUGGUGGGGUCACGCUCCAUAUAAAUAUGGAUCUCCCUGCUCUGCCUGUCCCGCCAGCUAUGCUGGAGGCUGCAGGGACAACCUCUGCUACAAAGAUGGAGGUGUGGACAGGCGAACGCCUCCUGAGAUCGAGGAGAACUACAUUGAACCUGACCCCGAAGCAGUGAGGGAUAGAGAGCCGCAGCCCAGGGCCCAGUCACCUGACCCCACACCUGCUGAUAACCCAGAGAGAAACCAGAUUGUCAGCACAGAGCAGAUGUCCCAACAGGUUGAGUGUGAUACCAAGCUGAGAGAUCGAUGCAAGGGAACAACCUGUAACAGAUACGAGUGUCCACCUGGCUGCUUUCACAGCCUUGGAAAAGUAGUUGGGACUGGAUAUUACGACAUGCAGUCCAGCGUGUGCGGAGCUGCGUUGCACUCUGGUGUCAUCGACGAUGAUGGAGGAUGGCUGGAUGUGACCAGACUGGGCAGAAAACAACAAUUCACCAAAUCAUACAAGAAUGGUAUUCAAUCAAUUGGGAAAAACAGAAGUGCGAAUUCCUUCAAAGUGGAGACAGUGCCUGUCAAGGCCGUAACCUGUGAAACCACUGUGGCUCUUUUCUGUCCUUUCAAGAAACCUGUACGACACUGUCCCAGGUUGUAUUGUCCCAGGAACUGUUUGAGUGAGAAUAAAGGCCGAGUCGUUGGGACAAAUUAUUACUCAGAUAAAUCAAGUAUCUGCAGAGCAGCCAUUCAUGCUGGAGUGAUCCAGAACGAGUCUGGAGGUUAUCUAGACGUGAUGCCAGUUGACAAAAGGAGGCAGUACAGUGGCAGCUACACGAAUGGCAUCACUUCAGAGAGGUAUGAAUAG